AUGGCAACCCUCGCAACCGCAACUCCAACUGCACCUGCCCCUGUGCCGGCCGUUGGUGUUGACUACCGCAACAAAAUCGUCCUCGCGCCAAUGGUCCGAUCGGGCGAACUACCCUCCCGCCUCCUAGCGUUGAAAUACGGCGCCGACCUUGUCUGGGGCCCUGAAACAAUUGACCGCUCUAUGAUCGGCACCCAGCGACAAGUGAACCCACGAAACGGCACAAUCGAAUUCACUCGCGUGCCCAGCAACGGCGGACGCGCCAACAAAACAGCCAAAAAAUCAAUCAUCUACCGUAUCGACCCAGAGCGCGAAAAAGGCCGGCUGAUCUUCCAACUUGGCACAGCCGACCCGAUUCUAGCAGUACAAGCAGCGCAUGUUGUGGCCGGCGACGUCUCAGGCAUCGAUGUCAACUCCGGCUGCCCGAAACCCUUCUCCACAAGCGGUGGCAUGGGCGCCGCCCUCCUCCGCACCCCGGACCUCCUCGUCUGUAUUCUGGAGUCCCUCGUCAAGGAAAUCGGCGAACCCUACCAAAUCGGCAUCUCGGUCAAGAUUCGCAUCCUCUCCAAUCCCGAAGAAACAGAGGCCCUCGUCUCCCGCCUUGUGAAGACAGGCAUCACAGGCUUGACAGUCCACUGUCGCACUACUCCCAUGCGACCACGCGAACCCGCAAUCCGUGACCAGAUCCCAAUGAUAGUGCGCAUUUGCCACGACGCCGGUGUGGCGUGCGUGAUGAACGGCGACGUGACUUCGCGUGACCACGGGCUUGCGCUGAUGAACGAGCACGGAGUUGACGGCGCGAUGAUCGCCACCUCCGCGGAGACUAACGCGUCUUGUUUCCGCACCAAGGAGGAUGGCGGUCUCUCCCCGUGGCCGGAGCUCGUCUACGAGUACCUGCGCUUCUGUAUCGAGUCGGAGAACCGUCUGGGCAAUACCAAGUACCUGCUUAACAUGCUGAUCCCCGGCAAGGUCAAAGAGUUCCAGGAUACGAAGCUGUUGAAGACGUACCUUGAUAUCUGCCGCCGGUUGAAAUUCGAGGAUUUGCUUCCUGCAGCUGCGGGUCUUGAUCAAAUUUUGGGUCUCGAUAAUCAGUGGAAGGCUUCUCCACCAAGCCAGUCUGAACCUGAUACAUCCAUCCAGUCUGAACAUGAUAUACCCACCCAGUCUAAGGCUGUGCAGAAUGCUAAGGAGUCCGAGACUGCUCGUGCGGCUGGCGGCGAUGCUGUUCGGACUAAAGCGCCCUUGCCGGCUGUUCAUGGAGGCGGUCCCAUUCGGCGAUCUUCUGCUCCUCAGCCGACUAAGGUUACUCAAGUUGAUGCUGAGCAACCAGCUGAGCAACCAGAUGUCGAGGCUCCUGUUCCCGUUGCACAGACCGAGGCUCCAUCUCAGGUGACGGCGUAA